AAAUUCUUGCGGAUUCCUGCAAAUUGUGAAAGUGGAAUGGAAAGAGAAAGUUGUACUGAUUCCUACGCUGCGAAAGGGCAGCAGAAAAACCGACAACAUUCAAAACGAAGAUCUUCGGCUUUAUCCCAAGAUGAGAUUUUCGACAAAAAAUAUAAAGCCGCUAUCGAGGCGUAUCAAAAUUACAUGGAAGGAUUCCAGCUGAUGCUGGCGGAAAAUGAACGCAAAAUGAACAAAAUUCUUGACCGCCGGUCGGUUCCGCUUUGGUUUCAAGAGCUUUCGGACAGGCAAGUCGUCGUCAUGAACCUUCUGCUGGAAGCGAUUCGGGAUGAUUUGGAUGAGGACAGUGUGUUUCGCUGUCGGGAGUUGAUAGGAGGACUUGGAGUUUAUCCGCUUUGUCCGCCGAAGAUCUUUCGGGAAGCACUCGUUAUGUCUCGCGGAAAUGAUUUAUCGUUCCUUUGGUUCUUGUUGGAGCUGCACUAUUCCAGAAAACGGCGUCAGAAUUACACCAAUAAUGAGCGCUUGCUAAUGUCCGCUAUCUGCCAUUUGGAUAUGAUGACCACGCUGAGAGGUUUGGAGAGAAUUCUUCCUCCUCCGGCGCCGCAAAAGCCUUGUCGACCGAAGCGAAGCUCUGAAUCACUAGGUUGGCCGACCAGUGCCGAUCACUAUUGUUCACCGUAUCUGGAACCGCAACGGGUUCGGGAGCCUUGUUUGAAGAGUUUUUCCAAUAAGACAUUCCAACCGAAUGUACCAUUCUGUUUGAAUCGUUAUAAGCAGUAUCGUAAUACGGACUUUGUAAUACCGAACGAGGCGUCCCGGUGGUUUGCCAAACGGGUUCGGGCCAAUCAGACUGAUGCUACCAAAGACGGAGAAGAAGAACAGGAUGAGAUGAUGCAACGGAAGAUCCCUUUGUCCACCAGUGCGUGUGAUAGUGCGGAACUGAUUGUACGAGAAUUGCUCACUGAUCAGAUUGCAUUGAUGGUGGGUCGAGAGCAGGAGCGGAUGGAACUAUGCCGGAAGCAUCAGGAUAUGGAGCGCAGGCGGAAGAAGCUGAUGGGACUGUUGACGAAGAGGACGGAUGUGAGAGAGAAGCUCAACGAAGAAGUUGCCAAAGUCCGUGACGAGCGGAAGCUAGCCGAACAGACGGCACGGGACAACCAAAUGAUACAGCUGCUGCUGCGCAAGCUAAUCGACGAUUCGAUUGUAUCGUGUAUGCUUACUCCCCGAAGUGACUGCCCGGAAUGUUGGGAAUCGUUCGAACGUCAACGGAUGCUCCUGGAUGGGACCAAAUGUUCCUGCGACAAGGAACAGGGCAUAUUCUGUCUGAGGAGUAUGCUCGCCAUUAAUCGCAAACAGAAACCAAUGCAGAAGUACUUCCGCUGUUGUCGCGGGGCCGUUCCGUUUGAGUUUGACUAUCGGAAGAUUUUGGAAGACGACACCGAACGACCGGUUUGUCCGGUGAAAAAGGCCAUCCGGGUGGCACUCGGGAUGGAGCAAGGCAACGUGGAUGAGACGGGCGCGGUGGCACGUUGCAUGAAGGAAAUGUGGCGCUGUGAGUUGAAGCUGUGGAACGAAAGAUUUCUCAAAGGUCGUGACGAGGCCAGGGAAAAGAAGACCGAGAUCGAUGUGCUAGAUUUCGAGUACGUUGAUUCAAAGGAUCCCACAUUUCUGCAGCAGCUUUUGAAAAGGGCUCUUCUUAAGCUUUGCGAGGAUCCCAAGUACGUUCUGGCUACCUUCCCGGAUGCGCACGAGCUACCUUUCCUGAAUGCUUGGAUACAGCAUCGUUACGGAGCUACCCGGUCAAAGAAGGAACGGGAUGAACUGCUUCGCGAAAGUAAAUACUUCUGGGAUUGGCUUAUCCCAAGAGCGACGGCCAUGCGGUGGCCGGUUUGUAAGGAUCUGGGCAUGCACGGACGGGUCAACUGGAACUACAAGCAAAGGCUGGAACGGAAUGCCCAAACGCUGCUGGCCAAGUUCUACCGACAGUUCAAGCGGCUGCAGUUGCAGGAGAACCGACUUUACUGGUCCACGAUGGAUCCCUACCGGACGAAUGUGGACCGCUUUCGGCAGGUAUUUUUCGAUUAUUUACCCAACUGUGAAGCGUUGAUUGGGCCGAUGGUGCGACCCUGGCAGCCGUUCGAGUUCCGUCCGAUGGAAUCGCUGAGUCGGACGCUCAAGGUGUGUGAUAGUAGAACCAAGUGGUGUUGAGCACAGAAUGAAGUUUGGGACAUUUAUUUGGGUUGUUUCAAAUACAGGCAAGUAUGUAGCUAUACUUUAGUACAUCUCAUCGGAUAGAUUUAGUAGUUGUUCCAUUUAUUUCCGUAUCAUUGGCUAGUUUUGUUGUACAAAUACAUACAUAGUUUAAUUCUAUAUAAAUACAUUUAUGAGUUCGUAGCUUAACGUCUAGGAGAUAAUAUCACAAUAGGUUUUCUACUCUGCGUUCACUGAGAAAAAAAGGGACAUGCUGAACGUAAUUGGGAAAUUGGUUUUGUUUCGUGUACUAUUGCUUUGAGGGUCGUGUUAUGAAUUUAUAAAGGAGGUAGGGACUUUCAGGGUUUCCAAGGGUUCCUUCCUAAGAAGUCCGUCCACUCCAUAUGUAUACUUGGAUUAUAAGUGGGGUCAUUGCAUUAAAAUUUCGGAAAACGUGUCAUAAGCGCUAGAAUGUCUUCUGAAGCAGAGUUGGUGCAUUUUUGGGAAAAGCCCACGAAACUUUUGAGCCUAAUCAGAUCUACUGAAUUGGGUUCUCCACAUUUGGUUACAUUAUUAUUAUCCUUUAAAUAUAGUCUAUAAAUCAUUUUGCUUUUGAAAUUCUAGAGAAAUGCCAUCAGCGUUUC